GUGAACGUGUUGCUAUCAAAAUACUGGAAAAUGUAUCGGAAAAUAUCGAGGAAAUUGAGGAGGAGUACCUUGUUCUUCGAGACCUCAGUCUCCACCCCAACAUCCCGGCUUUUCAAGGUCUUUUUCUCAGAAGAGGAGUACUUCCGGAGGAAGAUCAGCUAUGGUUCACCAUGGAGUUAUGCACUGGCGGAUCAGUAACAGACCUCGUCCAGGGGUUGAAGAAGAGAGGGGAGAAUUUGACUGAAGACCAAAUAGCUUUUAUUAUUAGAGAAACGGUUGAGGCGCUGGUAUAUCUGCACAGCAACCACUGCAUGCACCGAGACAUCAAGGGCCACAACAUAUUGCUGACCGAGGAGGGGAAUGUGAAGUUGGUAGACUUUGGGGUAUCCUCUCACCUGCAGGCCACAAUGGGCCGUCGCAACACCUCUGUCGGAACACCCUAUUGGAUGGCACCAGAGGUGAUAGCCUGCGAACAACAACUAGACUCGUGGUACGACGCUCGCUGCGACGUCUGGUCACUUGGUAUCACGGCAAUCGAGCUGGCCCAGGGCGACCCCCCUCUUAGCGACCUGCACCCGAUGCGUGCCCUCUUCCAGAUCCCCCGCAACCCGCCCCCUCUCCUAGAGCGCACCGACUGCCCCCUCCUCGCUGACUUUGUGGCCGAGGUGCUAGUCAAGGAUCUCGAACUGCGACCUUUCGCCAAAGAACUGCUGUCUCACCCGCUACUGAAACGGGGGGCGGUUUCU